GGCGGGGCCAUGCCGGUGAUGAAGGGCUUGCUGGCCCCGCAGAACACCUUCCUGGACACCAUCGCCACGCGCUUCGAUGGCACCCACAGCAACUUCAUUCUGGCCAACGCUCAGGUUCACCGCGGCUUCCCCAUCGUCUACUGCUCCGACGGCUUCUGCGACCUCACCGGCUUCGCCCGCACCGAGGUCAUGCAGAAGAACUGCAGCUGUCGCUUCCUGUACGGGACCGAGACCAGCGAGUCCGUCCUGCAGUGCGUCGAGAAGGUGCUGGAUGGGAGGCAGGAGUACCAGGCUGAGGUCUGCUUCUACAAGAAGGGCGGAGUCGCCUUCUGGUGCCUGCUGGACAUCGUGCCCAUCAAGAAUGAGAAGGGGGAGGUGGUUCUCUUCCUCGUCUCCUUCAAGGACAUCACCGAGAACCGGGGCAAGAGCCACCCGGGCGACAGGAGAGAUGAGAAGCACCGGAGCAAGAAGGCGGGGAGCUCCCACCUGCGGGCGGCACGCAAGCAGGGCCGCACGGUGCUGCGCCAUCUCACCCGCCAGUUCACCGGCAAGGAGCGGGGCGAGAUGAAGAUCACCAGGAGCGUCUUUGGGAGCAAGCCGUCCGUUCCCGAGUACAAAGUGGCCUCGGUGCAGAAAUCCCGCUUCAUCUUGCUGCACUACAGCGUCUUCAAGGCCCUGUGGGACUGGCUCAUCCUGCUGGCCACCUUCUACGUGGCCGUCACCGUCCCCUACAACGUCUGCUUCACCGGCGCCGAGGACAGUCUGGCCGCCGCCCGCAGCACCAUCGUCAGCGACAUCGCCGUGGAGAUGCUCUUCAUCCUGGACAUCGUCCUGAACUUCCGCACCACCUACGUCAGCCAGUCGGGGCAGGUGGUCUACGACACCCGCUCCAUCUGCAUCCACUACAUGGCCACCUGGUUCUUUGUGGACCUGAUCGCGGCCUUGCCCUUCGACCUCCUGUACGCAUUCAACGUGACCGUGACCUCGCUGGUGCACCUGCUGAAGACCGUGCGUCUCCUAAGGCUUCUGCGCUUGCUGCAGAAGCUGGAGCGUUACUCCCAGCACAGCGCCGUGGUGCUCGCCCUGCUCACGUCCGUGUUCGCCCUGCUCGCCCACUGGCUAGCCUGCAUCUGGUACGUCAUCGGCCGGAAGGAGAUGGAAAGUAACGACCCUCUGACCUGGGGCAUUGGCUGGCUCCACGAGCUGGGCAGGAGGCUGGAGGCGCCCUACGUCAACAGCUCCGUGGGGGGCCCAUCCGUCCGCAGCACCUACAUUGCUUCCCUCUACUUCACCCUCAGCAGCCUCACCAGCGUGGGCUUCGGCAAUGUCUGCGCCAACACCGAUGCGGAGAAGAUCUUCUCCAUCUGCACCAUGCUGAUCGGGGCCCUGAUGCACGCCGUGGUGUUCGGGAACGUCACGGCCAUCAUCCAGCGCAUGUACUCCCGCCGCUCCCUCUACCACACCCGCAUGAAGGACCUCAAGGACUUCAUCCGCGUGCACCGCCUCCCGCAGCCGCUCAAGCAGAGGAUGCUGGAGUACUUCCAGACCACCUGGUCGGUGAACAACGGCAUCGAUGCCAACGAGCUGCUGCGCGACUUCCCCGACGAGCUGCGGGCCGACAUCGCCAUGCACCUCAACAAAGGCAUCCUGCAGCUGCCGCUCUUCAAGGCGGCCAGCCGGGGCUGCCUGCGCGCCCUCUCCCUGCACAUCAAGACCUCCUUCUGUGCCCCCGGCGAAUACCUGCUGCGCCAGGGUGAUGCCCUGCAGGCCAACUACUUCGUCUGCUCCGGCUCCCUCGAGGUCCUGAAGGACAACAUGGUGCUGGCCAUCCUGGGCAAAGGGGACCUGAUCGGGGCCGACCUGCCCGGCAAGGACCAGGUGAUCAAAACCAACGCGGACGUCAAGGCGCUGACCUACUGCGACCUGCAGUACAUCACCCUGCGUGGCCUGCUGCAGGUGCUGGAGUUCUACCCCGAGCACUCCAGCAAGUUCAUGGCCGACAUCCACCAGGACCUCACCUUCAACCUGCGGGAGGGCAGCGAGAUCGAGGGGCUCCUGCGAUUUCCCAGAUCCCCUCUGUUAUCCCAGCCUCGCCCGGAGAACGGCGCCAGCCCCGAGAAGCCCCUACACUCCAUCCUGGAGGACGAGGAGGGGCUCCACCCUUCGCCCACCCGCCGGACCCACCGCAAGCUGCUGCUGCCCACCCUGCAGAGCCCCAUGCGGUGUGGCUCCCUCAGCAGCCUGCUGGGCGACGAGCUGCGCCAGUUCUCGGCUCUGCGCCGCACCUGCCGCUCCCCCGCCCGCUGCAGCCAGGGCAGGAGCCCCUCGCCACGGUGUCUGAGAGACGGCGAGAGCAGCAAUGGCCGCAAGCCAGCCAAGCUCCUCAUCCCCUCCCUGCACACCGCCGGCCCCCCGGACCUGAGCCCCAGGGUCGUUGAUGGGAUCGAGGAUGAUGGCAGGACGUCGGAGAGGCAAACCUUCCAUUUCAACGUGGAGCCGCCUCUGCAGAGCUCGGUCGCAGACUCGCUGACUUCCGGUAACUGCCUGCUGCCCCGGGGCUGUCCCGGCUCUGGGCCAGACGGCGCCGGGGCUCGGAGGCACGCUCUGUCCCGGGGAGAAUGGCUUGACAUGAGGACGGAUGAGGCCAGCCCAGCCUUAGGCGCAGAAGCGGAGGAGAUCAAGCAGAACGUCUGCAGACUGAACCAAGAGAUCAACAACCUCAACCAGGAAGUUUCCCACCUCAGCCGGGAGCUGCAGCGCACGAUGUACCUGCUCCAGAGCCCGCUGCCGUGCGCCCCAGCCUUGGCCUGCCCCUACGGCCUCCCCGUGCUCUCCUCCCAGCCCCCGAAACCCAGCAGCGGGAGCGAGCCGCCAUCCAGACUGCCCCCGGGGACGGUGCCACCCCUUCUGCCCUCGGCUCACGCCUCCGCCUCAGGGCUGCCGUCACCAUCGCCGGGGGACGCUGGAGUUUCUCCCGGCGCCACCUCUGCCAAGGCCCCUGGCUCCCGGAGUGCGCCCCCAGCCAGCCCGCGGGAGCCGGAGGGGCUCCACGCUCCCAGAGACUCAUCCCACGCGCCUUCCAGCCGUUACCGCCUGCCCCGGGCGGACAUGGACGGGGCCCACCUCCCACCGACACAAGCUGCCCCGCUCAGCGGUCAGACUCCCAGGCUUCCCCACUCGCUCGCAGGCUCCCGGGUCCUGUGCCCUCUGCCCUCGCCCCCUGCCGGCCCCAGCCCGGCCUUCCCCAACUGCUCCGCUCAGAGCCACCCCCCGCCACCCCUCCGCUGCCGAUCAGACUUGGAAAACUUCCACUAACGCCCCCCCGCCGCCUGUCCCACGCGCCCUCCAUGCGUGGCUCAGCCCGGGAGCUGCAGCGAGCCGAGCAGAUGGAGCGCACUGGGGGGGCCUCGCCAGCGGUGUCCGGUGAUGUCGUUGGGAUGAUGGCCCCAUUUCUGCCAGCAUCAAUUUCCCUUCUGGCUGCAGGUGUAAUUGCAAGAGUUGGGGGCCAGGCGGGGGAUGGAUGAGAGCCCCCCUUCCCCCCCGGCUCUUCCAGGGCACUUUCCGCUCCAGCUGUGACCCACCACCUGCUCACGGCUCUGCGGAGCUGGUGCGAUUUCUACAAAAUGAUGGGUUUUUUUGUGACGAGGAAUUUAUUCUGAGAGCCUUAGAACUCCUAGGAGGACCCUAAGCACAAGCCUGUCCUCUGCCCCCCGGACCAGCCCCACGGGCGCCCUGCAGGCCUGGGGUGCCCCACCGAGCCAGGUACCCCUCUGCUCCCCCUCUCUGCUCGAUACGCCACUCUCUCCGCAGCCUUCCGCUCCCAUCUUCAGUACGUAUUUGCCUGAAUUGAACAGGGUCAGGGCCCUGCUGAGGGGGUGGGGGCUGUGCUGGCAGCCCAGUGGGGCUGGGCUGCGACGGUUCGGGUGUAGUUUACAGAGGGAACAGCCUGCGUGAAAUGCACAAUGCUGGAGAACAGCCGGGCUGCUUCCAGGGCCGCUUGGAAACCAGGCCCGGCAGGGCCGGACCAGCUCUUGCUGACCCCACCGGGGAGGUAGUUUGCAGGAUUGGACUGUGCAGCCCCGGGGCCAGUCCUGUCAUCUCUCCACGACAGGCCGAUUCCGGGCCGCUUUGUGUUCCGGCAGCUCAGGGCUCAGCUUCGAGGCGUUGCAAGGUGGGGGUUCAGACUGCGUAUGGGACGCUCCUUACGGACGUAGCUGGGGGACGGGCAGGUUCCCCCCGUUUGGGGAGUCUGUCAGCAACUCCCCUGGAGCUGGGGGUCACAUCCACCUGCUACACAACCCUCUCCCUCUGCCCAGGCUGCGGCUCCCCACAACUGCAUGUCCCAGCAUGCAAGUGUAGCCCACUGCUCAGUGCGUUCUAGGUCCCCCCCACCCCGUGUGCUAGAUCCAUGUCGCCCCGCUGCGUGAGCCGUCAGCGUCCUCUGUGUGACGUCUGUUCCGACACAGCCCUGCCCGGCCACCCUGGCUCCUGCGUGUUCUCUGCGCUGGCCGAGGCCUCUCGUCCGGGGGCGCGUGCAGCCAUCCCCGAACCAGCCUCCAGAGGCUGCAGGCCGUGCGGGGUCAUGGCUGGCUCUGCAAUGGAUUUCGACACCCCUAGGCUGUUGCCACCCCGUGCCCGUGAGCCCACAUGGUGGCAGGUCCCGGCCUCCUCCCCACUCACAGGACCUCACUGCCACAAACGGCCAGUGUCUCCUGCUCCUCUGUGCGAAGGAGUGAGGGGCAGGGGGAGGCCGGAUGAGCCCAGCUCCAGGGAGCUGGGGGUGGGUGCGGGGGCCUUAUUGCUCAGGUUUAGGAGGGCAGGGGAAGCCCCUUUGCCCAGGUGGGAAUUCCCCAUAAAGCCCCCAAGGGAGGCACCGACGUGGGGUUAAAAGUGCCUGGGCCCCUGGCAUGAACGGGAUAAACUCAGGCCAGGUUGGAGGCCAGUUUCUGCAUCGCUCCUGGGGGGCUCUGGCCAGGGAAAGGGAGCGAGGGCAGGUGGAAGGCAGCAGCACGGGAUAUGGGGGUGCAGCGAAACGCCGGGUGGUGCCAAGCCAGCGUGGCGCUACCCCCAAAGCUGCCCCUCCCCACCAGGAAUCCCGGGGCAGGCAUGGCUGACCUGCCCGCAGGGCACACAGGGCUGGGUCUGGGAGCCCAUGCAGCAUGGUCGGGGCUGAACUGGGCACGAAGGGGGCCAUGGCCUGACAGGAGCUUUGCCAUUGCCCCGCUGGGAGCAGAAGGACCGGGCAGAUCAGACCCAGCCUGUGCGGCCCCCUGACCCUGGCCCCUUGCUGCCCAGACAUCAUUUGGCCACAUCUGUCUCCAGCUGCCUGUUCCCACUGCCCCGGGCGCAGGGCCUGGCGGGGUCACUGUGCAGCCUUUGUGGGUGGGGGACUCCUCUGGGCCUGCAGCCCCAGCUCUGCAAACCAGGGGGGCGGGUUGAAGCCUUUUGAUACUUUUUUCCCCAAAGAUUUUUUUAAGACUUUUUUAUUUCCUGGUGGGAUUUUUCUCCCCCACCCGGAUGACACGGACGGGCAGCUCUGGGCCAGCACCAGGGAAGCCGGCCCCAGCUCCGGGCGGGCAGGCAGGCAGGGCUGGUGCUGGUGACUCAGUCCCAUGCGGUGAGUUGGGGGCGUCUCAGGCCCGUUCUCAGGGCGCCAAGGUGGUCACGCACUGAAGCACCCGCCCCCCCGCCCCAGGCUCCCCUCCCCAGACUCCUCUCCCCCUCCCGCUCUCCCAGGCUCCCCCCUGGCCCGGCUGCCACCAGCAUGCGCCCCCACUGCCCAGCCACCACCUCCAUGGUGCUGCGAAGACACACCCUGUAAUAAAAGCUCUAUUUUUCCA